AUGCCGCGCCUCGUCUCCAAGAAGUUGCAAGCCAGCGACGCGCGCCACUUCGUCGGCGACACCAUGUUCGACCGCUGCGCGCGCGCGACGUGCGCCGCCGGCGUCAACAUGCCGAAAAAGGAGCUGCUGGAGAACUGGACCCUCGCGAGCAUGAUCCACGACCGCGCCGCGCCGCCCGCGCGCGUCGUCGACGUCGCUUCCGGCCACGGCCUCCUGGGCUGGUUCCUCCUCGCGCUCUGCGCGGCGUCGCGGCGACCAAACGUCUUCGCCGUCGACCGGCGCAUGCCCGACUCGGCGGCGGCGCUCCGCGACAGCUUCGGCGAAGCGUUCCCGGCGCUGCCCGCGCGGCACCGCUACGUCGUCGCGGACGCGGCGGACGUCGACGCGCGCGGCGGCGACACGCUCGUGCUCGCGCUCCACGCCUGCGGCGGCCUCUCGGACCUCGUCAUCGACGCGGCCGUCGGCGGCGGCGCGAGCCUGUGCCUCGUGCCCUGCUGCCACUCGCUGAAAACGGCGAAGAUGGCGCCGGAGCGGCUCGCGGCCGCGCGGCGCGCCGUCGACGGCGGCGCGGGGCUCGACGAGGCGCUCGACGGACAGCGGGUGGCCUACCUCGAGGAACGCGGCAUGGUCGUCGACGCGACGAAGCUGCCCGAGGACAUCACGCCGAAGAACACGGUCCUCUUCGCGGCGCCCGGCGUCGCGGCGCCGCGCUCCCGGACGACGGCCGUGCCCAUCUUCGGCGCGGCGCCGCGCGCGCUCCCGCGGCCGCCGUCCGCGUGGCGGUCCCUAACGUGA